AUGCUGGUACGGCAUGGAGAGUCCGAGGGGAACAGCGACGACAGCGUCUACACCCGCGUGUCAGACUGGCGCAUCAGCCUGACGCAACGAGGACGACAACAGGCGCGAGCUGCUGGGCACAAGCUCAAGGAGCUGGCGGGAGCAUCGGAUGUUUUCUUCUACUACAGCCCCUACUAUCGCACUGUCCAGACCUGCGAGGAGAUUCUGCAAGCGUUCAACCCUGAGCAAGUGCGAGGGAUGCGGGAGGAGCCGAGGAUGGCGGAGCAGCAGUUCGGGAACCUACAGAACCUGACGUCCAUCAAGAAGAGCAAGGACGAGAGGCACAAGUACGGGAGGUUCUUCUACAGGUUUCCGGAUGGCGAGGCGGGUCUAGACGUCUACACGCGAGUGACUAGCUUCAUUGACACGCUGCGACGAGACCACACCGAAGAAGAUUGCACAGUUAUCAUCGUCACACACGGUCUCGCCCUGAGGCUCUUCUUGAUGGCUUGGUUCCAGUGGACGGUCGAGGAAUUCGAGAUGACGCAGAACCCCAACAACUGCGGAAUCGGCUUGACGCCUGACAAAGACGCGCUGGACUGGCCGGAUGAAGUAUUGGAUCACAACAAGCGGAGAUAG